AUUGAACGUCUCGUCGCGCUUCAAGAACCCGCAAAUGGUCCCUGUCCCGCACCAUCAAGCGCGGUUUCGCAUGGCGUGCGUCUCAUGUCUAUGUCUAUCCUGCUGAGCCGACAUUAAUAGGUGCCAGUCGCCCACCCACUCGGACCGCUCCAAGCCCAUGUGUACUGUGCUGUAUGUAUUUGUUUCAAACCCUCUCGUCCUCCCGUUCUUCCUCCUCUCCAGUCUCUGGAUUCCUGCUCGCCCUUUUCGGACGGCAAGGGCGACUUUUUCCCGCGAUGCCAUAAGCUGUCAACCAACUCCCUCCUUUCUUCUCACACUCGUUUGGCUGUUUCACGCCGUGUCUUGAUGCGCCCUUGACGCAAAGAAACCAAGCUCAUCAACCGGAUGAUAGGCCAGGCUGCCCUUGUAUAGAUGAGCGCACGGAUUGUGAGCCUGUUUUACGAGAGCACUCCUUCAUGAAUAUGCGCCAGGGCAUGUCAUCUGUCUAUCUCUGACCGCUUUUACUUGGAAAUUCCAUUCUGUUACCUUCGCUUAAGACCCUUUUGUCAUAUUUUUACUUCUCUAUUCGAUCCGCAGCUUGCUGUCCUCCUUCACGUUUCCAACAUGAAGAAGCCGUGGAGAUCAGCAGCCAACACUGCUCCCACUGCUCAGCCUGUUGAUAUACAGCAGUCCAAUAUCCGCGGCAGGAUAUCUGGGCCUGUCCCUAUUUCGACUUCUUUGGACGACGAGUUCCCAAUUCGCAACCCAGGUACCAACAUGGCUACGCCUGUCCAGGGUGAAUUCAAACAAUCCCAGACUGAGCCCCACCUAUCGCGCAACGAUUUCAGAUCUCCCACGUUCCCAGAGCAUCGUCGAAAUGGACCUCACGCUUUCAGGGAAGAGCCGAGGUCCUCGUUGCAUGCUCGACAGCCCGGCACAAUAAGUCGCUUGCAAAAGGCUGAACCAUCUAACAAUGUGCGGCAUUCCUUCGUCAGCGCGGACACAAGGGACAAGGAGCGCCCUCAACGGAAGCAGUCAACUCUCCGAGGCGCUUUGGGGAAGCUUUUUAAUCGAAAAAAGAAAUCAAGCGGCAACGACAGUUCCAACAAUACCGAUUCAGAAACCGGCUCCACGCCAAUGCGCCCCGGGCCAUACCGUCGAUCAACGGGUGAAGAUGGCCAAGACUCGGUGCCUAGUUUAAGCCACAGGGACAGGUCAGCUCCCAGGUCACGGACUCGACCUUUCCCAGGAGCAGAAUCCAAGCGAUCAGCUUCCCUGCCCAUCACUGAAUUUGAUCGGGCGUUAAGAUCCCACUCUAUUCGCCCAGAAGAUGUUCGCGCCAUCGAGAGCGCGCGCAACUCACUGAGCGCUGACUUUGGUCUAUCGCACGCUCGGAUAAGUGCAACCAGGUUGCGUGAGUACAACUUGGCGGGCCUUUCACCGCGACCUGCUAGUAGCCAUGGCCGGGAGAGUCGGCAAGACCAGAGCGACGACAACGCUCACGAGAUUGGCCGUGCAAUCACCAGCGACCUCCCUGGUGUACGCCGAAGAUCGCGGAGCUUAUCGGGGCUACCAGAUGAAAGCUAUGGCCAUACUCGUCGACGCAGUGAUGAGAUUAAAUAUUGGAGGGAGAGUUACGGCCCAACCUUCAUGUCCCCAGUGUCUUCAGACCCCGCAGAAGGAGAAGGCAUCGCCAUAGAAGAAAUCGAACAGGCCCAGCAAGUAGAAGACGCUCCAAAACAAACACAGGCAGAGCCUUUCAAUUUUGGAUCCUUUGCAGACAUGAAGCAGGUGGGAGGCAUGAAAAUCACACAUGCAGCAAACCUAGAAACCCGGAUAAACAAUCUCGAAUCUCGAGUCUAUCGGUUGGAGCAGGCUCUCGACCGAAUGUGUGAUGCUGCUCCAGGCUGGCAGCCACACCAGGGACCACCAGAUCGACCUGCGCCCCCAAUCCCGAUUGGUGGUCAAACCAACACGGAUUUUCCAGAUCAUCAGGCUGAUCGAAGCAGAUGGGACCAUAGAAAGAGCUUCGGUCGUUCCAGCGGCCACCCGAAUUAUUCAAAAGCAGGCCAGAGGGGAAGCGUGUUGCUUGAUCCGCAUUCUUCGGCUAUUCUGAGUGACGGCAACAAAGACCGUCCCACCUCGACUGCAACAAUUCGUGGUGCAGCUAGUCUCCCGAGCCUUCUUAAGAACACCCCCGAGAUCUUUACCACGGACCAUUAUACAACACUCCUUGCCCUGAUUCAUACCGAACGCUCAGCACGAGAAGCUCUAGAGACUCAGGUCAAGACGCUUGGCCACCAACUGAGCAUCUUGUCCCAUUCGGUAAACACGAAUAGCGGAUUCGAUCCGCCCCCGACAGCCAAAUCCUUCGGUGACAGAUCUGCGUUUGACCACGACGAUGACGACGAUAAUCUCACAUCCUUGACGAUCAUGACAAGAUCGCAAAGUCGACAUAUCGACCCCGAGGACUCGGGUAUUGGAACCGGCCAUGGAGACGAGAGCGAAUACUCUGACACUUUUGAAACCCCUCGCGAAGAGGGACAUAGCUUCGGAGCGUUCGGUGAAGAUCUGGACAAGGAAGAUCUGGCGCAAACCAAGGCGGCACGAACGCUUUCCCUGUCACAACUCACUAUGGGUCGGGGCACUCAGAAGUCUUCACAGCAGGUUCAUCGGGUGAUAUAACCAGUUACGUCCUCUUCACGGAGCACGUUGCACCAUCGAGGGGCUCCAGAAACUAACUUCCCCGAUCACACAUAUCUCUCUUAUCCAAGAAUACCUACCUUAGCUGUACGAUAUUUGGUGGCAUAUGACUUAUGACCUCUCUACGACGACCGCCUUCUUCCUCAUCAUGGAGCACAUCCCUACCGCCACACUCAUUAAACCUAUUUACUUGUCAUAUAUACUCUUUUACAAGGGGCGUCUCGAUAGACAUGGCGUAGCGCUUUGGAACGUUUGGCAUGCAAUUGUUGUUUCUGUUUUUUUUUUUUUUUGUUUUUGUCUUUAUUCUGCAUUGGAUACCCACCCAGUUAUGGGUGUCACAGGCUGGCGUACUAGGAACUUUUGGGCGAAAGAGCGACACGUCAUUUUGAAUUAGCGAUUGAAGGUCAUCUUUGAGAAUAAUAAAUCAAGAACCAUGACUACCUAUUGCCAUUGCCAUUCUGGCACGGAUUCUUGGCUCUACUUGUCUUCUAC